AUGGCCAGUGCUGGUGUAACAAUGGCCAGUGCUGGUGGAACAAUGGCCAGUGCUGGUGGAACAAUGGCCAGUGCUGGUGUAACAAUGGCCAGUGCUGGUGUAACAAUGGCCAGUGCUGGUGUAACAAUGGCCAGUGCUGGUGUAACAAUGGCCAGUGCUGGUGUAACAAUGGCCAGUGCUGGUGUAACAAUGGCCAGUGCUGGUGAUGAAAUGGCCAGUGCUGGUGUAACAAUGGCCAGUGCUGGUGUAACAAUGGCCAGUGCUGGUGUAACAAUGGCCAGUGCUGGUGUAGAAAUGGCCAGUGCUGGUGUAGCAAUGGCCAGUGCUGGUGUAACAAUGGCCAGUGCUGGUGUAACAAUGGCCAUUGGAAUCAACUUUAUUGCUUUCACACACUCUUUUCCUUUGGUAAUUCACAAAGAAUGUUUCUUGUUUGCUUCUUACAGGGACUUGUUUAUAUCUCCCAUCCUGUUUAUUCUGCAGGUCAGUGGCACACUACUGGAGGACACAAUCAGUAAAUGGUCCUUGUAUCGGGAUCAGUGUUUGCAAAACCUAACCAAGUCUGGGGCCAAAACUGGAAUAUUUUGUAAUGAAACGUUUGACCAGUUUGCCUGUUGGCCAGCAUCAUACCCGGGCAAUGUAUCAGAACCCUGCCCCUGGUACCUUCCUUGGAUUAAACCAGGUAGUACAAAGAGGGUCCACAGGUACUGCCUGGAUAAUGGAAGUUGGUUGACUAUUUCAAACUCAACUGUUGUCUGGAGGGAUCAUUCUGAAUGUAAUGAAGACAGCCAGAAUGUCCAGCUAAACAAUAAUCAGCAUGGGUUAUUGAAAAUCCUGCAACUGAUCUACACUGUGGGUUACUCAAUCUCCUUGUCCUCACUUUCGUUGGCCAUAUUGAUACUGUUGUGGCUUCGGAAGCUGCAUUGCACUCGAAAUUACAUUCACGUCAAUUUAUUUGCUUCCUUUAUCCUGAGAGCUCUGGCAGUUCUUGUAAAAGAUAUUUUUCUGAAAAACACUUACUCAAAACGUCCAGAUGAUGAAAUAGGUUGGAAAUCGUUUUUUUCAGAGGCGUCUAAUGGAUGCAAGGUGGCUCAGGUCUUCAUGCACUAUUUCGUUGGAGCAACCUUCUUUUGGCUUUUAGUUGAAGGAAUUUAUCUUCAUAAACUGAUAGUCCUGGCCGUCUUAUCAGAGAAAAGAUUGUUAAAGCAAUAUGUCCUUGUAGGAUGGGUGUUCCCACUAUUGUUUGUUAUACCUUGGACAAUUUCAAAGAUUAUCUAUGAAAAUGAAUGGUGCUGGGUUAGAAAUCAAAACAUGGGCAUCUGGUGGAUCAUUAGGGGACCAGUGAUGUUUGCAAUAAUAUUGAAUUUCUAUAUAUUCAUAAAGAUCUUGAAAACAUUGCUUUCCAAACUGAAAGCCCAACAAAGGCGAUUUAACGACUACAAAUACAGACUGACAAGGUCAACGUUGGUGCUGAUACCACUGCUUGGGAUCCACGAAUUUGUAUUCACCUUCCUGCUGGACGACCACAUUCAUGGUUUACUACUGCACAUCCGACUCUUUCUUCAAUUAGCGAUCAGCUCAUUCCAGGGCUUUCUGGUCGCUUUGCUGUAUUGCUUUGCCAAUGGAGAGGUCCAAGCGGAACUGAAAAUGCGUUGGCGAUGUUGGCUGCUGGCAAAUGACUUUGCGUGUUUUGGCUGUAUCAUGGGCAAGCACUUCAAGUAUCUGGGAAAAUGCUCCAAGCCCAGGUCAAAUAGUUACAUCAACAGCAGCAGCUACUGCUACAGUGACACCAGAACGUCCAGUGUACAGCUGAGCACAGCUCCAAUGUCAGAGCUGCAGACACAGAAAGCCACAGUGAUGGAGCAGUUCCCCCAGACCAGUGUCUCCGAAUGCAGUAAAGAAGAGAUGGGAGUUGGAGAGAGUCAAAUCUAAAAGCCAGAUUUAAGAGCGAAUCAGGACUGGCAGGUGUGAAGGCCUUUAACACAUGAAGUCAGCAAAUAUAUGUUUGAUUUUUACAUUCUGACUGACCUCCACAUUCUGCUGUAAAUAUUGCACCGUGCAAGUGAUUCUUCUGGUGCUUUCAAGGCUCUCGUGGUGCUGUUACUGUUGCUCUGCACCCACAGAACAGGACUUCAUGGGAUUUGAUUUUAAGUUGAUGCUGCCAGCUAACAUCGGCAGAAGUUCUGCAAUCAGCUUCGGUGUGUCCAUGAGUUAAGAGGCAGAAAGGGAUAUGCGGACAAUGUGCGGACAUUUGAGGGUGCCCGAGAAAGUUUGCAAUGACUUCCGAACUAACGCUUGUGGUGUUACCCUACGCCCAACUCAAUGUAGUCUAUUGUUUUGCAAAGUGCCAGAGAAAACAAUAGAGAAUCCCAUUGAAUUUUCAACCGUGGUCCAGCUAAUGUUUCGAACACUUGCAUCCUGUGACCACACGCCAUGGCCCACACUUUCCACAGCAACACAUGUAGAUACCAAGAUGCGAUCAAGUAAAAAUUGCAACAUAGCUUGCACAUAUUGCACGCUGAAGUGUACAUUCCUCUUACCUUCAAUCUUAACAACAUAUUUUACAAGAAAUGUUACUUACCCCAUGCAUUUUUAUUAUUGUAGGUGUGAAUAUUCUUAAAGAAUGUCAUUUCUAUGUUGAAAUAAAAGUCUAUUAAACCGCACUAUGACAAUCUUCCACCAGUUCCCAUCUUUCAGUGAUUGUUUCAAGUUAGGUACAGGAUUGCUCUCUCCGUUAUCAAUGCAACCGUCUGCAGAGUAAAUGGGACUUGCCAGUGAAGACAGCUGAUCCACUGAUACAAAUGGAACACAGGUACGAUACUAUCAGCAUCCUUCAUGUCCCUUCUCUGCCUGAAUUGCCAAUUUUUAAAAAGUGAUAGUCUGCAGGUUGUAAAGAAAGGCAGGUGAGAGGGGUGGGAG